UUAAUAGAUAUAACAUAAAAAAAAACCAACGAAGACCCACAAAAGAAAAUCCAGGAUGAGUGUAGAGACUACUAGAGAGUCUAAAAACCCUAUAAAAGAAGAAGAAGAAGAAGAAGAAGAAGAAGAAGAAUCCAUGUUCCUUAAAAGAUAUAAUAUAAAAAAAACAACGAAGACCCACAAAAGAAAAUCCAGGAUGAGUAUAGAGACUACUAGAGAGUCUAAAAACCCUAUAAAAGAAGAAAGAAGAAGAAGAUAAAAGAAGGAGAAGAAGAAUCCAUGUUCCGUACGAUAGUUUGCGGCGCCAGAGGUUCCCCUUCGGGCCCCGUGUUAUCGCCUCCGCACCUGCCUCUGGACCGGACGGGGGGCGGCGCUGGGCAUACGACGCGCGUGAGGGGCAGAUGUGGACGGCAGUAAUGUGAAUGGUGCUCUGGCCUGAUCUGCUACAGACUUUCCACUUUACCUUCUGGGAAGCACUGCACUUCCUUCAGGCUGCUUAUAAAGAAGAGUCCGAAAAGAUCCCUCCUGUGUAACCCACUAACUUGUCUUGCCAGUGCUAUCCCCUGUUGGGUCAGGAUGGAGAUACCUGUAACCAAACCUGCCAAAAGAGUUGUUGGUUAUUGGUUCAAUGAGAAGAAAUGUCAGAAGUUCAGAUUGGCAGAGUUGCAGGCUGAAUGCAAACGGCGGGGCAUUGAGCUUGUAAAACUUGAUCUGAGCCGCCCCAUUGAAGAUCAAGGUCCCUUUGACCUCAUGCUGCACAAGCUGACUGCUCUCUACGCUCAGGCUCUCAGCAAUGACCCAAAGGCUCUCCUUGCAAUCAAGAGGGUUGAAAAGUACAUUAGUGAAAAUCCCAAAACCUUCAUAAUGGAUCCCAUACCUGGGGUGUGUCAGCUUCUCCAAAGGGACCAGACUUACCAUCUUCUGCAACAGUGCACCAAGGAGGAUGAUAAAGUUUUCACUCCUACUUACGCCAAGCUGACAACUACAGAUAUUCAUUUAAACAAAAAGUUGCUUGCUGAAGCCAGAGUAACUUUCCCUAUGGUUUGUAAGCCAGUUACUGGAGGUGGGACUAAGGAAGCCCAUGAGAUGGAUGUGGUAUUUAAUGAGGCUGGCAUUGCUGAGUGCACUUUGCCUUGCAUUGCCCAGUCUUUUAUCAACCAUGGAGCUGUUCUGUACAAAUUGUUUGUAUUGGGACCUGUUUGGUUUGUGGUGGUUCGUCCAUCAUUGAAAAACUUCUAUGCAGGAGUUGAUGGUUGCUAUGGUAUUAACAAGCUUGCAGAGCAAGAGACCGUUCACUUCAACUCGCAUCAUGUGUCGAAAGAAAAUUCACAGUCUCCGUUGAACCAGCUGGACCCAGGUGACGAGAAGGAAGAUCUGCCAAAAGCAGACCCAGCUGUGUUUAACAGGAUUGUGACAGUUCUUCGUGAUGCACUGAAAAUGGAUCUUCUAGGUAUAGAUGUUGUCAUUGACAGCAGUACUGGCAGAUAUGGCAUUAUUGAUGUUAAUGCAUUCCCAAGUUAUGAUUCAGUGCCAGCCCUUAUGAAGCAUUUAGUGGACUUGUUAAUCCUGAGAAUGGAGCCAGUUUCAAGGAUACCUGAGAAAAGCCAAACAUCAGGUCUCCUUGCAUCGCCAGAGUUACCUCAAGAAGAUUCCGGUGUCGAUACAGGAUAGUGAAGCGUGCGAAAGUUUUGUCUCUAGUCAGAAAUUUUCUCCGUAGUGAGUACUCAACAUUCCUCUCUCCUUGAUUAAGUAGUUGACUCAAAAGCGAUUAUGGUUAUUUUCGUUAUGUCUACUUCUUGUGUAGGAAUUGUUGCUCAAUGUAUUUCUAAGAUAAUCAAAGUAGAUUUUGUGAAGAAAUUAUUUUCUUAGAAUCUUUUAGUCUAAGUCAUAGAAAGUAAAGGAUUAACAGCAAAGUAAUUACCUGCAAAAAGCGAUCAAACUAAAGAUUUCCUUUUUUUUCUGCACAUGUGUUUAUCAGUCACACUAGAAAAAAAUAUCCUAAAUAUGCUUAAUUAUUCAUUCAUGUUUUAAAUUUCAAAAUGAACUUGCCAAUGAAUCAAAUAUAUGGGUGCAUAGAAAUUAUAUUCACAUUGCAGUGUAAAACUGUUGGAAAGCUUUGUCAUAUUUCUCUGAUAACAAUGUCAUUUGGGUAUUGACAUGAACACCAAAAGCAAAUAUAAAUGAAUAGAUGUUGAUGUUGAUAUGUGUAUGCCUCAUUAGAUCAGUCUUGUGUGUGUGUGUAUUUUUUAUUAUUAUUAUUAUUAUUUAUUAUUAUUAUUAUUAUUAUUAUUAUUAUUAUUAUUAUUAUUAUUAUUAUUAUUAUUAUUAUUAUUAUUAUUAUUAUUAUUAUUAUUAUGAUUCCAGUAUGUAUGAAUUAUAAAGAAUUGGUUAAUGUAAAAGUAAUAUAACGGAUUUCACUUGAAAGCCUCAAACUUUUUUGUAUGUUUCUUUCCCCAAGUUCAUCUUCAAACAUCCUUGGGUCACUGCUCAAUGUUCACUUAAAAUGAGCACUAGACAUAUUUCCUUCAUUAGCUGCAGGCUGAAUUCAGUGACUGAGGCCAGUUUUCCUGCAAGUUUGAAGUUCCAAUGUAGUAUUAUCUAGAGUGGAGUGGCUUUUUUCCUUUUUCUUUCUCCUUUUAUCUUUUCUUCUUUCUUUUUUUUCUUUUCUGCAUUAGAAACUGGUUUAAUGAUAAGAUGCAUUCAUUAUUGUACAUUUAUAAAGAAUGUUUUCUUGUAUCCUUUCCUUGGAUUAUAUGUUAUACUAAAAUGUAAUGAUUACUGCAUUUAUAGAAUUAGAAAUUCUAAUCAGCACAGGCUUUCCAAAGAGGCAUUAAUACACUGAUUGUUCAUAAUCAUUCCUAACUGGUGCAUGCAUUACUCUUGUUGUUAAAGUGGAAAUGUCAGUAACUUUGAGGAGGAUGAAAGGAUGAUAUUACAUACAACUGCUAGAUGUAGUGUGAUGGUAUGGCACUUUAAAAGUAUCAAUAGUUCAUUGUAAAAUUUGAUAUUGUUAAGCUUUCAACCAAAGGAGAUACUGGCUUAUCAUUUCAUGAGGAAAAUACUUGAUUCAAUUGUUUAUAGGACCUAGUUAAGAUGAAAAGACUUUGAGUAGUAUUUGAGUAAGGGGAAUAUACAGUAGUAGAUAUGUAAAUGGAAACAUACAGGUGUACACAUGUACAUUCAAAAGCUUAUGCUCAUGUGCACGCACACAACGCACCCCUCCCCACACACACACAUACACAUAUUUAUCACAAUCAACGUAACACACAAAAAAUUGAACUCCUGGUUAGGGUCACCAGAAGGUUCCUAAAUGCUUGUAUUGGUUGAUGUUUAUUUUAAUUGGAUAUGUAUGAUAUUAAUGUGCAAAUGAUCAAGUGCUGACAAUAGUCUAUAUUAUUUGUUAUGCUGUGGCAGUAGGGAGAGCCAGUCAGAUUAGUUAAAGUGGCCCGUAAAGACUGACUGUCAUAUAAAGGCAGAGAGAGAGGUUACAGCAAAUAAAGUCAGGAGCAAUGCACUGGAGAUAAAAAAGGAGUAAUGAAAUGUUUUGGUGUUUACAGAUCAUUCUUCUAAUGUGUUCUUUUAUGUAACCAUAUUGUAUUUAGUAUUUUGAAUUCAGAUUUUUCAAAGAUAAAAAGAUGGAAUAAGUAAAGUAAGUAUAUUUUCAUUUUUAAGAAUGGGCAUGAGAGAACUUGAUAACAUGUGUUUUUCAAUUUACCUUGCAAUUUUGACCAUGACAUUCUAAGAUUUAAGGAACAAGUAAUAGACCUGUCUGAUCCCUUCUCAGUGGUAGGGAGACGGAUUCAUGGUUUGAGGCCAAGAUAUAUAUAUAUAUAUAUAUAUAUAUAUAUAUAUAUAUAUAUAUAUAUAUAUAUAUAUAUAUAUAUAUAUAUAUAUAUAUAUAUAUAUAUAUAUAUAUAUAUAUAAAUGAUAUUCCAAUGAUACACAUGGUCUUCUGUGGUUGGUAGAACAGUUAAAUUUAGGAUAUUGACUGCUAUGUAAUGUGAUAAUAAGAUUCUCAUCAGGGUGUAAUAAAAAAAUAUGUCUCUUUAAAUAAAACAUGAAGAUGUAUUUUUUUUUCUCUCUCUCUAAUUUUGAAUCUAGAAGGUACUGUUUAAUAUUGGAUUUAUUUCUUGAGCAGAUGUACUUAAUGUCAUCAUUGCUAGUAGGGAAAGGAAAGAAUUCAUAGCAUGAAUAACAAUGUGCAGCAUAAUAUGCUUAAGCAGUUAAAGAAAUUAACUGUGCAAAUUUCAUUCUGACAUAUAUGUAAAAGGGAAGAGAUAAAACAAUGAGACAGAUUGCAAAAUAGUCUCAUUAAAUUAUUAGCAAACAUCCUAUAUCUAUACAUUUCCAUUAGUCAGGGCUGAUGGAAAUGUAUAGAUAUGGUUAAAACAUUGAUGUAUGCAGUUUUAAAAAGUAAACCAGGUUUCUAUUAAUGAAAUAUUAAUAGUUUUAUUGAUUUUAAAGCACACCUUGAUUAUAUUAAUCAAUGGUUGUAUCUGAACCAUGGACAUAAAGUUUGCUAAUUCUAAAAGUGUUUCUGGAAUAGCUAUUACUGUAAUGUUAUUUUUUAGGUUGAACUUGUUAUUUGCUCACAAAAAAAAACAAGUAUUUAUAACAAGUAAUCAAAGCUUUUACUUCUGUAUGCUGGAUAAGUUAAAAAAAAAUAUAUAAAGAGGGUGCUUGAUUUUCAUUUCUUUUAUUUGACUCUAAGAAUAAUAUAUCGAGUCCCAGGAAUUUUUAAUAUCUUCAGAAAAAAAUGACAGUUUAGUAUCUUCUUGCAGAACUUUAUACCAAAGGACAUGUUAUAAGGUGCCAGUAAAUAUGGAAGAUAAGAUAUUCGUGAUCUAGUAUUCAUGUUUUGGUGUAUUGUGCUUUUGCAUAGAUAUGUCAUGUUACUGUGGUUUAGAUCAGUAUUAAUAUGAGCAGUUUACCUGUGUAUAGAUUUAUCUAAACUAUAUUGCUUAUUUUACUAUGAUGUACCUUAACCAGUAAGACCUAGAUUACUUGUUACCAAUUAAGAUCCGUGUUUUUAUAUUAAAGCAUUUGAAUGUUGUUAGUGACCAUUAAUCUGGUGACUAGGUUAUUUAAUAUAGCCUAGCUUAUGUGUUAAAAUGAGAGAGAGAGAGAGAGAGUGAGUGAGUGAGUGAGUGAGUGAGUGAGUGAGUGAGUGAGUGAGUGAGUGAGAGUGCGUGUGUCUGUCUGUGGGAGAGGGAGAGUGCGCCUGUGCCUGUGUUGUGCCUGCCUGAGUGAGUGAUUGAGUGAGUGAGUUAGUGAGUGAGUGAGUGAGUGAGUGAGUGAGUGAGUGAGUGAGUGAGUAUGUGUGUGUAUGUGUGUGUAUGUGUGUGUGUGUGUGUGUGUGUGUGUGUGUGUGUGUGUGUGUGUGUGUGUGUGUGUGUGUGUGUGUGUGUGUGUGUGUGUGUGUGUGUGAGUGUGUGUGUGAGUGUGUGAGUGUGUGAGUGUGUGAGUGUGUGAGUGUGUGAGUAUGUGUGUGUAUGUGUGUGUAUGUGUGUGUAUGUGUGUGUGUGUAUGUGUGAAGGCCGAGUCAUUAAUUACUGACUGACUGAAGUCAACUGAUAAGGUAAAAGGAAAACAGUGAAUCUGAAACAGAGUUCAUGAAAGUCGUGUAUAUGUGUGUGUAUAUGUGUGUGUAUAUGUGUGUGUAUAUGUGUGUGUAUAUGUGUGUGUAUAUGUGUGUGUAUAUGUGUGUGUAUAUGUGUGUGUAUAUGUGUGUGUAUAUGUGUGUGUAUAUGUGUGUAUAUAUGUGUGUGUGUGUGUGUGUGUGUGUGUGUGUGUGUGUGUGUGUGUGUGUGUGUGUGUGUGUGUGUGUGUGUGUGUGUGUGUGUGUGUGUGUGUGCAUGUGUCUGUGUCUUUGGGUGAGAGAAUGAGAGAGAAUGAGAGAGAAUGAGAGAGAAUGAGAGAGAAUGAGAGAGAAUGAGAGAGAAUGAGAGAGAAUGAGAGAGAAUGAGAGAGAAUGAGAGAGAAUGAGAGAGAAUGAGAGAGAAUGAGAGAGAAUGAGAGAGAGAGAGAGAGAGAGAGAGAGAGAGAGAGAGAGAGAGAGAGAGAGAGAAAGAGAGAAAGAGAGAAAGAGAGAAAGAGAGAGAGAGAGAGAGAGAGAGAGAGAGAGAGAGAGAGAGAGAGAGAGAGAGAGAGAGAGAGAGAGAGAGAGAGAGAGAGAGAGAGAGAGAAUGAAUGAAUGAAUGUGUGUGUUUGUGCAUGCAUAUUUGUGCAAGGAUGCUAGAUGGAACCCCAGUCUGUUUAUCUUUUUUUCAUAAAGAAAGGUAAAGUGCAUUGUUUCAUUAAUGUUACUUCUAUUAGAAGAUCAAAAUAAAGUUUAUUGUUUUUAUAUUUCUAUGCAUUGUUGAAAAAUAGCAUUAUUUAAGAGAAUUAAUUAUUUAAACAUUAUGCAGUUGAUUUUGAAGUAUUCUUCAUAUAUAGACGUGGACCAUUAUACAGUAUAGAUGUAGCACAAUCAUUUACCCCUUUAAAGAGUAAAAAUUCUGGGUAAUUGUAUUGUCAGUAAUUUUCCUAUCUCAUCCACAAUGUUUAUGAGAAAGAGAGAAAAUCAGGGAAACACACAUCAAAAGUAUCAACUACCUCAUUUAAAACGGUUGUGGUCAGCUCCAGUAAACCUUUGAAUUUUAGGUUUGUAAACCAUUUCUUCACCAAGUCACAGGCUGUAAAACUAAUGUAAUGAAGUAUUUUAUGAUAGUCCUUUCAAUAUAUUUCUUGAGUUGACUGCUACAUGUUUAAUUGCAAGGUUAUUUAAUUUGCUUGUGCUUUAUCAUAUGCAUAUAACCCUGGAGAGAGGAUGUAACAAAAUCCAAAGAAAUCAGUUGAAACACUCCACUAGCAAUGUGACAUAAAAAAAAAAAAUAUUUAUAUAUAUAUAAAAAUACUCUUUUGACAUGGCUUUGGAAUGUUUUUUAAUUAUGUUUAAUACUUGUGUUACUCAUAUUGUGGUAAUUUUCUUUGCAUGUUUAAACUGUUUAAUAGGAAAUCUUAUAUAAUAGUAUAAUCUACUGUUUUUAACCCAUUGAAUCUGGAUGCUUCACUGAGAUCAUGUGGCCCAAAAUUUGGGCAUUACGCUGUCUUGAGGGGCGACUCUGACGGGUGUGUGGCUUGUAGGCCAGGCUUAAUGAAUAUUUGUGUAUGGUGAAGACUCCAUGCCUCCCCUUUGCACUGUUAUUUUCUCUUUCUGUAAAAGUUUAGCUUUUCUGCCAUUUUUCAAUGUCUAUAUUUGUCAUUGCUUUGAUUUAUCCAAACUUUUUUCUUUGUACAGACUCCAUAUCACCUCUCUAGGUAGUCCAUAACUCAGUGCAGUAAUAAGAAUACUUAGUAACAUUUCAUUAUUUGUCACUAAAAAAAUAAAAAAAUAAAAAAAAUUUGUAAUACAAACUGUGCAACCAGUCACAGAGGCCAGGAACAUGAGCCCAAUCAUGGAAAUGGCGGCCUCCCUGGAGCCAGUGCUCUUCCAGUCAUCACUCAUGGACUGUACAUUCUACACUUAUUUAUCAAUGGAAUAAUGCAGAAGCCCCUUCUUAAAUGCCAAAUGAGUUUGAUUGCCUGACAAGAGCUUUUUGCACUCGUGGCAAGUCAUUCCAGUCACCUUGGCUGCUUUCAGCCAAAAUGCUUAUGACAGCAAGUUCAUAUCACCCCAGAUCACGGCCAGAUUUAUCUAUGACAGUAUGUUCAUGUCACCCACCCCUCAAGCCAGAUUUUUUCCUGACAUGAUGGUUGUGUCAUCCGGAUCAUAGGGGUUAAUAGGAGGUUAUACAGAAUGUAAAUUUUUGUUGGGAACAUGUAAAUCUCCAUUGAAAGUUGAAAUAUUUUUUUCUGUAUGUUUUAAUUGGUAGUUUCUGAUACUUAUUUACUUAUAGAUGAUUUAAUAACUUAGUAACUUAGUCCAUAAUGCAAAAUUUCCAUGUUACAUAGAAGAGAAUGAUAUAUCGUCCGAGUAUUUUAUUUUUAUAAUAGAAUGAAGAUUUAUUUCACUUGACUACAGUUGCUUUUCUGAAAUGAAGUGUCCAGAUUGCUGACCUUGAAAAGAAGUAAUUGAUAUAAUGCUGGAGCUGUUAUUCUUGUCAGUUCAUUUCCUUCUUUCAACAUAUCUGGCCUCAUUAUGUCUUGUAAAAUCUUACUCGGUCUCUGUUGGUUGAAGUGAUGCCAAAAAUUGAACGGAAAAGAUUUCAAACAGAAAUUGCAUCAUACAAGCUUCGUAGUGGAGAAGGCUUUGUAUGAAAGACAAGGUGAAGAAACUGGAAACUGUAUAAUAUUAUUGCUUUUGACUGUAACUUGAGAACAAGGAUGAGAAGAAAGUGAUGUUAUCUAAAAAUAUAUAUUUAAGGAUUCUGAUUAGAGUGGACUUUGCAUAUAUUGUAUUAGUUGUUUCAACUAGAUAAUGGUUACAUACAACAGGAAAGUAUACAUUAACUUCUCUAUCAUUACCUCUAAACUCAAUUAAGAAAGAGUGUUAUGGAAAUGUGUUGUUCAUCCUGUAUUAUUCAUUGUCCUUUUUUAGUAAUAAUACUGUGUUCUAGAUAUAUAGAACUUUUAUUUUAGAAUGGACGCAUGUUGUAGGACCUUUUAAUGUCAGGAUACUUUGAUGUUAGAGAAGAAAGGAAUGAUUGUUAAUUACAGAUUAAAUCUUAUUCACCUGCAUUUUUCAGACAAAAGAGUGAAGUACAUGUUGUCUGGUGUUAUCAUGCUUUUUGCUUGACCCACUGAAAACAAGGUACUAUUAGCUUGGGACCAUGAAAGUGUGGCAUUAGUAAUUGUCUAUUUUUGGUGAUUUUGUAAGACUUGUAUUAAAGAGUAGAUUACAUUUUUUAGAACUGUAGUUGGAAUCAUAUAAUAUGAAUAGCAUUAUAAUGGAUUUUUUUGCCUAUUCAAGAUUGAGAUGGCUUGAAUCUUGUAUAUAAAGAGUUAUGUAAAUAUGAUGUCUGGUUUCAUAUGUAAAUAAGAAUAAUCUUUAUACAGAGUG